AGAAGAAGAAGAGCUUGACUUCCGCUCAGCCUAUGGGAGCAACAACACGUGUUUAGCAAGUUAGAGUGAAGGUUUUAUAUUAAUUAACCUGAUUUAUGUCUCUUUUUCGGACCAUACAGUUAGUUUUACAUCCCACGUAAAAAAUGCAGCUAGCAGUUUUAAUGUUCCGGUGAUUCUGGGAGGAGAAACGGAUGGUGAUGAUCUUCGAAGCUAGCAGCCGGGGCACUUGAACAUGUCCGAACUUGUUCGGACACACUGAGACAUUGACAGGGACUCAAAUAAUCCGGGACAGCGAUAAUGGAUUAUCAGUUUCCUGAGAAACUUUUCCCCACGUUUUACAACUGCGGACCGCCGAACCUGGUCCUGAAACACAGCGCCGGAGGAUGGGGCUCCUAUGAGGGAGUUUUAGGCCAGGGCGGCGCCGGCCCUCUCUCCAGCUGGACAUUUACGUCCAGACGGCAGGUUCAAGGACAGUUAUGGUGUCAGACGGAGCCAGUACCAGUUCCCCUGCUGUCUCCCAGAAAAGCUUUUCAGGGAUAUUUGAAGCCUCCAGAUCCGUUGGACUUCUUAUCACACAUGCAGAACUUCUUCAUGGAUAACGGCCCUGAUGCCUUCAUGUGCAUGAGUGAGAUCCUGGGGGAUAACAUCUACUUUAAGAAAGCAAAGACAAAGGAAAAAUAUCGAAAGGGUUCGGUCAACGUGUGGAAGACGAAGUGCUACGUCGAUCUGCUGUAUAAGUAUAACAUGUGUCCCAUGACGUAUCAGUCCAUGUCUCUCAACAAGUACUGCAGCCUGAUGUCGGACGUCAUCCACGACAUUCCUCCGGAGCUGCUCGGCUCCUUGCUGCACGAGGAGCUGACGGAGCAGAGGGACCACGUGCAGUUCAACGAGGGAGCCACCGGAGGCGCUCUGGCCUUCGUCCCUUUCUCCCAGAGCGAGGGCUGCCUGCUGUAUCCCGGAGGCCUGGGAAUGAACAACCUUAACUUCCACAAAGUGGCGCUGGAGUUCUCCUGUGAGGGCUCCUCCUGCGUAGACGCCAGCAGCAGUGAGCCGGUGAGCUUCCAGCUGAAGGCUCCCAUCCGACAGAUCAGCUGCAGCUCCCUCUUCAGUGACUGCUGUGUCGCCGUGCGGUCGGAUUACCUCUGCGGGGUCUGGAGGUUUAGUGAAAGAAACGAACCGUGCCUGCUGCAGGUGGUCAACACCAAAGCUGCUGCGACCUGUGUCAGCGUCAGUCCUCAUAUUUUAGGUGAAGUUCUGGUGGCGAGUGAGAGCGGAGCGGCAAACCUGUGGACAGUUGGGAGAGGGAUGCAGAAGGUUCGAGUGGAGGAGAGCAACUUGUACUUCAACGCCAAGUCGUCAUGGAGAUGGUGCGAGUUCUCAGCCCACCCUAGAGUGAUGCUCUACGCAGACAGGACUGGGGCGGAGCUCUCAGAUUUCAGAGUGAAGGCAGGAUCGAGCCCGGGUCACACUCUGUUUCGGAUCAGCAGCACCUCAGAUUGUAAGAGUGGAGAGAGACUCCUCAUGUGCCGGUACCUGGGGGACGUGCACUCCUUUCAUCACCUCAUCACCACACAGCACUCGGCCUACAUCAUUGACGAGCGCUUCCCAUGCAUACCCAUGCUCAAGUGGGAUCACAUGAUGCAGGCCCCACCCGUGUUCUGUCACGUCGCUUCGGGCUCAGCCGCCUCGGGCCAGGCGGCGGGAGGAACCUCUAAGGUUCUUCUCGGAUCACAGUCUUCUCAGGAGAUCACUCUGCUUCAGUACUCAGGAGGUCGAGUGGAGGCCUGCUCCAGCCAAGGUUCUCCUCAGGCUCUCCACAGACCCACAGACAGUCUGAGACACCUCCUGGUCCAGAUCCCACACCGGCACCAAACUGCAGCCAACAGACUGGCUUCGCCUGCUGCAGGUUUGACGUGUUUCCAGAAGAAAGCCGGUGCUGGGGAGUGUAUGUGUGUCCUCCAGCUGACGGAGGCGGGAGACAUUUUCUAUCAGAUCCUGGAGCAUCGCCUGCUGAGCAAGGAAAAAUCUGGAGCCGCCGUGACAGGAAUUGAUCCCCAACCACUAACGGAGACGGAAACAUCAGAGCAGCUUCCAGCACGUGUCCAGCUGCUGGUCUCUGACACGUCGAGCGACGAGGAUGUCGUCAUGCCGACUCAGGCUCUGGCUGCUCGGACGGUUGUUCCGGAAACACCCGAGAGGAAGAUUUGUUCAGAUUCUUCUUUGGAGGAGUCGGAAGACCGACGUCGAGUUUGGAAACGGCUUCAGGUUUUUGUCAACGAGGAAACAGGCUUGGAUCAGGAGAGCCGGCCAGAUGCAGGGGUUAGGGAUGGGAGUAAGCAGGAAGUUGAGGAGGAAGAAGAUCAGAGCUCCUGCAGGGAGACUCCACUAACUAUUAGCAAAACAACUCUCCACACCUGGAAACUUUGGCUGCAGAAACUCAUGCAGACGACCCAGGAAAAGAAACCUCACAGUCAAGGUUUGCAGCAUUUCACGGUCCAAACCAAUGGUCUGCUGCACGUAUCCAGAGGGGAUUCAGGAGGUAAACUGGAAGAGAAGCUGAAGCAGGAUCUGAAGCGGUGCAUGUCGAGGCGAUCGCUGCUGCUUAACAGCUCCGCUACCGUCGCAGUCCCGGAUCUGGUCCCCGUUCCCACACUGGUGAACACUGAGGCCUGGACGGACGAGCUCAGUGACCGACUGACUAUCUCAUGGCAGGGAGAAGAGGGGUGGCGGGCGUGGUGGCAGGAUCAGCUGGGGAUGAACAAGAAGACGAAGAUGGAGGUUCUGAGGAGGAGGAGGAGGAGGGAAAAGGAGGCCCGGAGAGCCGCGGGCCGUCACUUCGACUUUAGCGGUAGCUUCACGACAUCUGUCAGCUACCAGACGGACCUGGAUGACUUCUCCAUGUCGGGGUGGUCAUCGGCAGCGAGUCAGGGACCCUGGUCGGACACAGAAGGUGGAGGGCAGCUGUCCAAUCAGGCAACUUUUCUGGAGAAUCAAGGAGCCUCACUACCUUCUGUGGUCCAAACUGAGUCUCUAGGUUCCAUCCCGACCACCACACCUCAGAGAGGGACCCCCAACAGGCCCCGGACCCUCCCCCCAACCCAACCAAAAACUCCUGAGACCCCAACAGCCAAUCAGAGGAGGAGGAGCAGAAGGCUGAGAUCUCUGUGCGAAACGCAGGGUGAGCUGUCGCAAAGCAACGUUCCACCUCUUCAUCCCACCGCCUCCUCUGCCUCUCAGCUCUGCGCCUCCCAGUCCGCCUCCCUCAGACCGACCUUCACGUCGUUGGGCUCCUCUCAGUUUCCGACCACUUCCAGGGCUUCACAGAGCCAGCGUGGGCCGUCGCAGUCAUCCCAACCCAAGAAGAAGAAAUCUCGGAUGGGAUUCUGAUCCGUUUGACUUCCACAGAGGAUUGGCUUGUUUGUGUUUUGUUUGGAUUGGACAUUACAGACUGACCCUGCUGAUUGGACCCUGCUGGAGGCGGGAACCAAAGACGGACGAGUCCGGCUGGAUGCUGUGGUAGGACUCCGAUGACUUGGCUGUGUUUUGUGCUUCUCUUUGUUUGCUCUGAGAACGUGUUCCUGUUUUACCUGCAGGGGAGCAGACGUCCUAAAUAUCUUCAGUUGGUGUCAUCUCAGCUCUGAGCCACAACUGAACAAGAUAAACAUGGCAUUAAUUCAGGUUCAAAUUAGUUAAUUAACAAAAACUAAACAUUCAUACAGAAAAGCAUGAAAUAAUCUGCAAAGCUGCUGAUGUGAGAGACGUUUAAACCAGCUUGCUUUCAUCCAUUGUUUCUACUCAGUCUUAAAAAGUAUGAAAGAUAAUAAAAUUCAGUUUGACAAAC